UGAGAAACUGAGAGGAUUCUACUCUGCUCUGCAACCAACAAACCGUCGAAAUUCGGCGCGCGCAAGACUUCAAUUUAUUUCGAUUCGUCGUGCGGUUCGGUUGGUUGGUUGGUCUGAGUUUUAGUUUGAGGCUAGGCGACUUAAGGUACCUCUUGGCGGUGGAAUAGGUGACCUUGAAGACAAGAAACAUGGAUGCAAGUGCACGGAUCGAGACGAUCUUUGCAGCUGCAGUAGUGAUUAUGCUGAUUGAUGUAGCUUCAGCUUUACAGGAUCUCAGCGGUGGUGAUAGUGAAACUUCGGUUUACAGCCGUAUGCCACCCGUAUACCAUUUCGAAGAUAAAUCUCAAUGCCUCAAUGCAGAUUCGAGCAAUGUGUAUUGUGUAUCAAGAACCUUGAUCAAACCAGAUGAAUCUUCGGAAAACUGGAAACUUAUAGAGCAACACUCUGUGGAGGACACAGAUUUCCAAAGAUACGUGCUGGAUCGAGGAUUCUGUGUUAAAAGCUGCGAAAUGCUAGUCAACAGUUUGACACCACAAGAACUGAAGCAGUAUGACCAUGAGCAAGUUUCAGUGGAUGUUCCGCACACCUACGACUCCAGCUACAUUCCCGGCAUGGAAGAAUACAGACAAAAGUAUGAUCGUUUAACCAACAUCUGUCACAACUAUCGGCUUCAUCGAGAUUAUAAUCUAUCUGGGUAUUCAUUCAUCGAACAUUGCAUGGGUUCAAAUGAUCUGAGAAAUCGCCUAACCGAGCAGCAUGUUAUAUUCGCUGUGCUUGCCAGUGCCAUAGUCUAUCUAGCAAUUCGUGCCACCUAUCGAGAUACGAAAGACUUCAGAAACGAGAAUAACAACCUAAUUACAGUAGAAGACGAUAUCUGGAUGGAGUUCUCCUUGAAGCGUAGCUUCCGUCGGUUAUUCGCCACGCCGCAAACCAAAUUACAUCGGGACUUUGCAUUUGUGGAAUCGGUUCGGGUCAUUUCGGUGUUCUUCAUCACUGCAGUUCACGUGCUGAUGGCUUUCGGUGCAAGUCCAAUGGAGAACCCACAGGCUCUGGAAACGUUUUUCAGGAAUCCAGUGAUGCGGAUGGCCUCAGCGAUAUUCCCCUUCUUGGUGCACACUUUCUUCACCGUUGGUGGAGUUCUGUUGGCGGUGCAUUUCCUGGAUUUCAUUGAAUCUGGCCCAAGGUUUCGCUGGCAGUAUUUUAUCAUGGGUAUCAUCAACCGGUACAUGCGACUGUUUCCGCUGUAUUUCAUCAUGUGGCUGUAUCAGGUGUCCUGGUUCGAUCGGAUGAGAAGUGGUGCCACCGGACAUUCGCUGGUUGGCGUUGAGAUGCAACUUUGUAAGGAGAAUGGAUGGUCGAAUUUCCUGUUCGUCAACAACUACUACAAAUUCGAUAAAGGGUGUAUGCAGCAGACCUGGUACUUGGCAGCCGAUUUCCAGUUCUUUUGCAUAGGAAUGCUCAUCAUGAUGAUCUUGUGGCGGUUUCCACGGUCCAUAAAGACAAUGAUUUAUGUAAUGAUGACAAUUUCUAUUGUGGUUCCCAUACUUAACAAUUAUAUUUACAAUUUUGUAGGAGUUAUUCUGCUCAACUUCAAACACCUUCGGUUUAUGCUAUUCUUCUACGAGUGGGUCAAACGUGACUACAUUCUAUCACAUCCGCACACGUGUAGCUACUUUUCCGGAAUUAUAGCCGGGAUAGCCUACCAUCGCUACCAAAAGGACCCACAGUACCUGAAGAACCUCCGAGUUUACCAAGUCUUGAAACGUUUGGCCCCACUAAUGGUUCUACUCCUGUCGGCUCCGGCCACCUUUUUCUACUACAACAAACCAGUUGAACCGUCCCUAUGGAUGGCUAUCUACGCAUCGGCUCAUCGGAAUUUCUUCGGAAUAAUGUGCGGCGUGGGUCUACUGUAUGGAGCGACCGAGGGAAGUGUGAAACUUCCGGAGAUUAUGCGACACCCAACUUUGCUGGCCAUUGGAAGGUUGUCGUUCAGUGUCUAUCUGACCCAGUUCAAUGCCAUUCGAUACGUAUUCAUGGACGUCAAGGAGUACGGCUUCUAUUUAAAUGUGAUAAACUAUUUGCAAGCCUUUGCUACGAGUUACAUCGUGUCUUAUACUGCAGCGUUGGUACUAUGCACAACGGUCGAAUUGCCAAUGGUAGCGGUAAUCAAACGCUUACAAAGCCACAAAAAGCAGAAGAGCAGUGACGAAUGCCAAAACAUAACAAACGGAAGCACGAAACUGAAAAGUUCUUAGGGAUUCUUUUGGAAUGGUUUAUUUUUGCUCGGAUGUUAACAUUGCAUUGUAAAUAAUUUGCGGACUCUGAGAUUUCAGUAAUAUUUGCGGUGGUUUUACAAAUUUGAUGUACAUUUUAAAAUAUAGUUUACAAAAAAAUCAA